UUUGCUGAAAUCGGGUGGAAAUAGAACAACGCGGGAGGCAGUUGGUUUACAGUUCGUUUUGCUAAGUAGUUUAAUUUAAUUUCCUAUAAAUUUGUAAAUGAUUUAAAGUUUAAAAUCGCGCUGUCGGAUUUAGAGAUGUCCCAGAAUAAAAGAGUCGCGUCUCAGAACCGGAAGUCUCAGGCGAUGUUGGAUGAGGAUGAUGAAGGUUCUUUCACUCAGCCCAGUGCGUCUCAGGUACAGAGAGCCAGAGAGAACUUCACACCUGUACAGGUGGACCGCAAGGUUGCUGAAGUCGUGCAGUUUAUUCUGAUUAAAGACCAGAAGAAAAUCCCCAUCCGCAGAGCAGAUAUAGUUAAACACGUGAUAAAGGAGUACCGGUCUCUGUACCAUGACAUCAUUAAGCGAGCGGACCGAACCUUCGAGCAGGUGUUUGGGCUGAAGCUGGUGGAGAUCGGCUCCAAGAAUCACAUUUACAUCCUCACCAACAAACUGGAGCAGUCCCGCGAGGAACCAAUCAGCAUGUGCCCUGCGAACCCGAAGACCGGGUUACUGUUUGUGAUCCUCGGAGUUAUUUUCAUGAAGGGAGGAAGUGUUAAAGAGACGUUAGUGUGGAACACGUUGAAGAAACUCCGAGUGGACUUUGGAGAGAAACAUGAAGAGUUCGGGGAUGUGAAGAAGAUCAUCACUGAUGAGUUUGUGAGACAGAAGUAUCUGGAGUAUGUUCGUAUUCCUCACACUGAGCCUCUGGAGUACGAGUUUCGGUGGGGACAGAGGGCCGAGAGCGAAGUGUCCAAGCUGAAGAUGCUUCAGUUUAUUGCGGAGCUACAUGAUCAGGAACCUCAGUCAUGGACACAACAGUACCGAGAGGCCACGAGUGCAGAGAACAGCCAGAGAUAACGCAAUCGGAGUGCGUGCGUGAGUGCGUGCGUGCGUGCGUGCGAGCGUGCGUGAGAGCGUGCGUGAGAGCGUGCGUGAGAGCGUGCGUGCGUGAGUGCGUGCGUGCGUGCGUGAGUGAGUGCGUGCGUGCGUGAGUGCGCGUGAGUGCGUGCGUGAGUGCGUGUGUGAGUGCGUGCGCGCGAGGUUUUCUUUAAACAGAUUUCUACUGGAGUUAGAGUGCACAUGAAUGGUGUUGGAGGAUGAAAACAUUGAGCUGCUUUAAGAACUGAAAUAUUUAUAGUAAGAAAAAAGUUUAAAAAGUCUAAAACUGUUUGUUUUGUUUUUUUUCCAGAAUUCUGUGUGUUUUUUUUAUUGUUUGAUAAAUAAAGUGGUUCCUCUUCACA